AUUCAACAAUCGUACAGUGGCGUCUGCUUGCAAAUGGCUUUGAAGUUUUUUGGGAAAGCGUGCCUGCGCGCUGUGCACAGGGCUCAGCCUAGAAUGGCAUGUGCGCGAAAUCUCUCGCAGGAAUCCUUCGAGGUUGAACACGACAAUGUGAAACGGGAAUUCUUUAUCAAACUCGGCAAAGACAAGGCUGUCCUGCAGUACGAAGUGAUCGAUUCCAAAACACUCGAUCUAGUCCACACAGAAGUUCCCGAGUCCUUGCAAGGCAAAGGCAUAGCCAAGCACCUCGCUAAGGCAGCCUUUGAUUACCUUGUCCAUGAAGACCUCCAGGCAAGGCUGUCAUGUACAUACCUGGUGAAGUACUGGAAUGAAACCAAAAGCCCAGAACACACAAAGCACAUUUUGUGUGCAUGACGAGCUGGAAAGCCUUCUGGAUUUCUCACAUGCUGUACUUCUCAAUAAAGAAGCACAGUUUCGCCAAAAGGGCCAAGCAAUGAA